AUGGACGAUUCGAAGGAAUUGGCAUACGCAGACUUGGAUUGGGCGAUCGGAGUAAAUCGGACUUCUCUGAAGAUCAUCGGUCUCUGGCCGGAUGAUAAGUUAACUCGUCGAGAAAAAUUUUUGGCAAAUCUACGCGCUUUCAUUAUCUUUGUCACGAUGUUUAUCACAGCAGUUGUACCCGGAAUAUUCGCGUUAGUGAAGGUCUGGGGUAACAUACUAGCGAUGGCAGACAAUCUGCAGAUCGCUUUACCUUUUACGGUGACUGUCAUGAAAUUUGGCCUUCUGUGGCAACGCAAAGAAAGUCUUGUACCGAUCAUAAACAUGGUGAUAAAUGAUUGGAUCAAAGCGAAGACUGAGCAAGAACGAAAUACCAUGAGAAAGCAAGCAAAACUUUCGAAAGCAAUCAUUAUGUUCGGAUGUAUUAUGAUGGGUUUUGCAGCUAUCAUUCUCAUCAUUCCUCCUAUCUUUGGAUACUCGAUGAGAUAUCUUACGAAUCUCACAGAUGGAGAUGGUUCAAGACCGUUUCUAUUUCAAACAUAUUACUUGCGAGACAUGUCGGACAGCCCGUAUUACGAAACUAUUUUCGUUUCUCAAGCUAUUGCGAUCAUGAUGGCCGCGGUUUCUUACACGGGGGUUGAUAAUUUCUUGGGGCUGCUUGUAUUUCAUAUCUGCGCUCAACUGGAUAUUCUUAAAGUGCGAAUUUUGAAUUUGAACGACUUCAAAAACUUCAGCGCCGCAAUAGCCUUCAAUGUUGAGGAUCACUUACGUCUCAUUAGGUCCGUUGAUGUCAUUGACAACACGUUCAACUUGAUGCUCCUCUCAUUGUUAGUGUAUUUCGCUAUGUUAUUUUGCGUUCAAGGAUUUCUAUUAGUUUCCAUGCUUGACGGAAAUGGUGGUGAUAUUACCUUUAUGCGAUUAUGUUGGCUUGUUUCGAUUCUUAUUAAUACAUUCGUUCACAUGUGCGUAUAUUGUGUGGUCGGGGAGAUUCUUAUAGCCAAAGCCGAAGGAGUGUAUUAUGCGGCGUACAGUUAUACGUGGUAUUUGCUAAAGCCAAAUGAAGCCAAGAACAUGUUAAUGAUAAUGAUUCGUUCUGAAAAACCUCUUCUCAUUACUGCGGGCAGAAUAUUUCCCAUGACAUUGUCUAUGUUUUGCAGCUUAAUCAAGACGUCAGCUGGUUACAUAUCUGUUUUGAUGGCUAAUCGAUAAUAAUUCUGCGAUAUUAAUUAGAUAUUCAGAUAGUGAAAAUAGUGUAUCGUGAACAAUUCCAAAAAGAAACGAUUAUUUAUUAAGUACUUAUAUUAAUUCAUUUGACAUUUAUACCAGCGAGAAAUGGUUUUCCGAAUUGAUGUCGAAUCAACGUCAAAACCUAUAUCGAAAUCUAAAUGAUAUAUCAUCGAUUUCGAUU